CCUAAGGACAGAAGUUUAAACAAAAGAAACUGCAAAAUAAUUUAUGUUUCUCUCUCUGCCGUGUGAUUUUUGUUUUAUAUUUUCUCGAUAGUUUUGUCCCCACAGAGUUGUCCAUUAGCUCUACACAUGACGUUGUUUCUCGUCUCAUGCGAGAGAAUCAGCAGUCCGAGAAAGAAAGAAGAAAAAAAAGAGACACAGAAGUAACAGACUUGAAAUAAACAACAGCGGCGAACGUAGGAAAAUAAAUCGAGAAAAAAAGUUUUCAGUUUACUUUUGAUCGUUCAACAUUUAAGAUCGCAAGUUGCGAAUUUUCUGUCGUGCCGGCAAAAAUUUCAUUUCUUUUUGGGAUUACUUUGAAAAUUCUUUGAUCUCGCGCGGAUCGUUUGAUCUUGUUCUCACUUCGAAAACAAAUUUUUAUUUUGCAAUUCUUAAUUGUGUAAAAUUGCGAUGCAGUCAACGAUAUAUUGAGUGAAGCAAUUUGUAAAAUCACUUGACGAUGUUUUAGUUGCUGUUCUGACUGAAUAAUAAAACAGUGAAGAAUUUUGUUUUGUCUAAAUAUUUUUCCUUCUUUUGACAAGCGAGAGAUUAAAAAGUGCAGAAAAAUGACUGUGGAAACGACAUCAUUUUUGUCGGGUACAAAAAUCACCAACAAUGGAAGUGAAAAGUCAGCCAAAUUACUAAAAAAUAAUAAAAAUUUGAUCAUAAUUUUGCUGGCUGUUAUUCUCGUUUUGUUUUGCAUUGGGGCAUCUGUCUUACAGAUUUGGGUUUGUAAACGCAUGAAUGGAAUGCAACAGGAAAUCGAUCAACUGAAACUUCAAUUCGAUGAAUUUCAAAAAUCUGACAUUUUUGAAGAUGAAAUGUUCGAUGAUCUUCACGAUUUCAGCAAAAAGUACAAUCAAAACGAUGUUAGAGAUGAAAUGGAUUUAGAUGACAACCUCUCCAUAAGUGCUGACAAAACAAAGUUUGACGAUGUUGGAGAUGAAGACAGUUCUGAAUUAUCAGAAGAAAGUGACGACAACUACGAAAAUAUUCACAGUGGAUAUGGUGACAGUUAUGAAGAUGAUGAGUUGUAUGAUGAUUUAGAAGACGAUAUGGAAGAGAAGCCAUUGGACGUACAUAAAGAAAAUGAUGAUGAUGACGAUAAUAAUAUCUACAAGGACAUGACAAGAACUCGUAAAACACGUUCCAUUGUGGAAAUUACCAACCAAGGUGUCCCUGUUCUUGAAGAACCAUACACAACACAUCGCAAUCCAACAAAAUCGUCAUUAGUUGCUGCCAACGCUCUUGAAAAUCAAGAUGAAAAGAAUCCAAGACUGAAAUUGACGUGGCAUAACAAUCAGAGAAUUUUCAAUGGGCCGAGAAGACAAUAUCAUCGUGGACAGUACAACAGAGUUCAUCACAACGUUCGUCAUCAUCAUAACUUGGAAGAUUCAAAACGUCGAUUUGCUUUCGCUGCUGCUCCUCUUCAACAUACUUUUGCGAACUUUGGAAAGACAAGAAUGAUUGAAUAUUUCUCAAAGAAGCGGAUGGUAUUUGGAAUAUUAGGUUUAAUCUCGCUGACCAUCUUGGUAUUGUUCAUUGAAUCAGAGUGGGAUCUCAUAUCACAAAAACCAAAAUCAUUUAUAGUAGAAAACAAUUCAACUUGUUAUUUAAAGGAACAAUUUGAAACACUCAGUCAUUGUUCACCGUGUACCGAGUUUGAAAUUAAGCUAGCAAAGAGUCAACGAGAAGGCGUUUGCUUUCACACCCACAACAAAGAAAUUCUAAGGUGUCAAUCAGGAGAAAUUGUUAUUAAAUCUUGUGAUAAAAUCGCUUGGCUUGAGGAGAGAAAUUUUUAUAUCUUCACCGUUUUUUCCUUCAUCAUUUGUGCCUUCGCCACAACAAUUGUUUACACUCCUGGAGAAGAAAUAAAUGAGACUGACAAGGUUUUUCAUCUCACAAUCGACUCUUACAUUUCUGUGUUCGUUUGGAAGCUUUUAAAAGCUCACGACGAAGUUCAAAUCAAACUUGUAGCGAUACACGACAAUAAAUCAACAGUGGAAAUUAAUUUAAAAGACGUUAAAUAUGACAAUGUUGUUGACGACAAUGUUACUUCAAAGUUGCCAAUGUUACAACUCGGUGAACAUCAUAAAGUUAUCGGAUUAUGUAGCAUUUUACGUGGAAUGUGCAAUAUAAUGAAGACAACACGUUUAAAAGGAGAUUUUGCAAAACAACUUUUGGGAUUUAAAGAGAAUUGUCUAAUGUCGCCUUCGGAAGUUUCACUGUGGACGAACUUUUGUGAACGUGAAAUGAUUUCAUGUACAGAACGUCUUCGAGAUAUUUCACAUGAUGAUGGAAUUGAAUUUCCAAUUGAAAUGAUAAAAUUUGAACGUGAUUUAACAAAUCCAUUACGAAUUCAUAAUGUUUAUAAAGUCGCUCGGGAUAUGAAGCAAGAUCGAUCGAUAAAAAGUGGAUCUGAACUUGACCUCGAACAUAAAUAUUGUCAUGGAAAUGAAAUCAAUUUGUCCGAUGUAAUCUUAUAUUCGAUUUAUAAAUUAAUUUUCUCUUCUGCCGUCAGUGUUAGUGACGUCAAUGCCAUAAUUCCUCGCACUGUUCAAUGGUUUAGAAACAUGGAAGAGGAAAAACUAAAUGAAAGUUUUGAAGCUUUAACAGACGGAACAACGCGGUUUUUUAAACGAAGGAAAUUUGUUGGUGAAAUUCCAGAAGUGAAUGAAGAUGGAAAAUAUUUCAGUUUAUUUAAACGACAACUGACUGGUUACAAGCACAAGAAUCGCAAGGUGUUUACUGAUCAAACUGAAAUUGAAAUAAUCUUUGAAAAGUUGAAAACAUUAGACGUCAAUAUCACCAGCAUUCCAGGUGAUGCUAAUCAUGAUGCUGUCAAUGACGAUUACGUUCAUGAGAUUUUAAAAUGCGGUCAAUUGCCAGCUCAUCGAUUCGAUAACAAGAAAUCGCAAUUGAAAAGCAUUGCAAAUGAAGUUUUAAAAGUCGCACAACCUAACGACGUCAUUGUUGACUUUUGUAGUGGAACUGGUCAUUUGGGAUUUCUCGUAGCGAAAUUGUUGCCAUCAUGUCGCGUUUUUAUUCUCGAAAAUAAAGAAGAAUCAAUAAAUCGAGCGAAAUUGAAAGCCAAGAUGCUAAUGCUAGACAACGUGACUUUCUUCCAAUGUAAUCUCGAAUAUUUUAAUGACGACUUUACAAUUGGUUUAUCACUUCAUGCUUGUGGUGUUGCAACAGAUUUAGUUCUACGAAAAUGUUGGAUGAAAAAUGCGAAAUUCAUUUGUUCGCCAUGUUGUUACGGAAAGAUUCAAGAUCUUGGUAACCUGCCACAAAGUGAAAUUUAUCGCAAUGUUUUGUCAACAAGAGAUCUCAUUAAUAUUGCACAUUGCUCAGAUCAAACUCACGAUGCGAAAAACGUGAAGCAUAUUAACGUUGAAAAAGCACAACAAGGAUAUUUCUGUAUGGAUGUUAUUGAUACUGACAGAUUGUUACGAGCCAAUGAGCUUGGAUAUUCCACCACUUUAACUCGGUUACAUCCCGAGAAUUGUUCCUUGAAGAAUCGACUUUUAAUAGGAAAAUUCAACGAAACUUCUUCACCAAACGUUGCUUCAGCACCAAUUCAAUCGCGAAGUUCUCGUGUGAUGCAUGUUGAAGAUAAAUCAAAAGCAUUCAGACAGGUUGUGAGAAAAGAUCAAUUACAUAAAUUGCAGGAAGCGAGACGUGCGCCAGAACAAUGGAAUUCACAAAACUUCAAUACAAGACGACGAAUCAUGAAUCCAAUGAGAAGAAAUCUUGAACUCAAAAAUGGCAAACGAAUGAAAAUAACUGCAGCACAUUUUGAAGGCGACUCAUCAAGUCUGGCUUUAGGAAGACAUCACGAAUAUCAAGGUGAGGAAGGCAACAACAAAGUGAAGUUGAAUAAAAACGAAUAUAUUCACUGGCAACCAGCAGAUUGGAUAAAUGAACAUGGAAUGGAUCGUUUCUUCAGCAUGGACCCAUUGGGUGUUCUGACAGUGAAAGAUCAUGGCUUGUUCCUUAUAUACGCUCAGGUAUUCUAUUCAGACGAUCAUGAUGUGAAUGGAUACGUGAUCGAAGUAAACAAUCGUGUUCGAUAUCAAUGCACAACAAUGACACACACGACAUCGCGUGUCACGAAAAUCAAUUCGUGCUAUACGAGUGGACUGAUUCACUUAAGGCAUGGUGAUAAGAUUCAAUUGAGGGAUAUUGGAAAUCAUCGAUCUGUGCUUUUGGAACCUUCGAAAAGUUUCUUUGGACUAAUUAAAAUUAACCUUGUAGCUCCGUCAGUUGAAAGCAGUGAAGUUGAAACAUUUACAGGCGUGAAAAAGUAAAAAGAAACUUUCUCAUUUUAUCUAAAUGAACUUUAUUUGCUAAGAUGCGGAGCAACUUUUAUUCUACGACAUAAAUAAAUAUUUUUUACUCCUUAAUGUGAUUAUCUGAUAAUAAAGAAAUCUUCUCUUGAUUCUUCAUAACGAUGCUGUCUUGUCUUGAUCUCUCCAUCAGAGUCAAGUCAAAUCAACUUUCUGUUUUUAACUUUUCGAGAACUUUGAAUUAUUUUUAAAGCCUGUAAUUAAAUAAUUAUUUAUGCGGCCAUAAUGAAUGUUUAUCACUGCUUGUGAAUCAUUAACAACAGUAAUUAUUAAGGUUGAGAAUGUUUAAUUAUUUAAUCUGAAACUAAAAGUGUUUUAACACUGAAAUAUCAAACAUACAAAAAAGCUAAUCAAUUCGAAGAUAAGAAAAACUUUUCUGUUCUGUUGUAAAUAAUGAAAUGAUUUUUAUUUUCAAGCUGAGUAAUAAAUAAAAAUGGUUUUGGAUCAAGUCAAACAUAUACAAAAUGAUAUCGAGUGCAUUCAUCGGAUUUCAAAAUUUUCCAUGUCACACAUAAGUGGGAAGCGUUGGAUGUUAUGUAACGUAAUCGAUUCGUCAGCUUAAGGCUAACGAACUCUUUGCUGUUUAAAAUAUUUAUGCAGUAAAGUGGAACUCUUCAUGAAUAAUUUUUCCAGCUUAACUUUGUAAAUUCUCUGACAUUAUUC